AAGCUCUCGUGCAAAUCCGUAAACAUUUCCUUCUUAAAUUACAAUUGUCUUCUUCUUCUUUUCUUCUCUAGGCGCAUCAAAUCGAAACGUCCCUACCGUCGUCAAUUCAUAUACAGAGUAGGCAAUCUCAGAUGACUGAAGAAACGCUCCACCCUCCAGGCCGUUUGUUGUCUUAUCAUCCCGUAACUCCUCCCCAGAACAACCGAGCAUCUCUGAGAACGAAUUGAUCUUACAAACCCCCCUUGGUUAAACUCCGUAGGGAUAUGACAUCUGAUUCCAGGCACUAUGCGCAGUCGAGUUGUGACACAUAACCGAUAAUAGUCAAGGAGGUUUGUCGGUGUUCCUCAUUGGUGCAGCCAGAAGCAGAUCAUUUUGAGCACAGCAUAGACACCUACUAUACAUGUCGGUGUUCCUUAUUGGUGCAUAAGCCAGUGAAUCGUACCUACAUGUUAAUUGCAGAUACCUCACACAUGUCGUGUCAGGGUUCCUUGUUGGUGCAACCAUAAGACAGUGAAUCUUAACACACAGCGUGGGGACAUAGCUACACAGGUCGUAGUUCCGUAUUGAUGCAGCAGCGAGUCUUACAACACAACGUGGAGACUUAACUACGCAGGUUGUAGUUCCUUAUUGGUGCAACCACAGACAGUGAAUCUCAGAUACCGAACUACAGUAAUAUACUAUCUUCUCACCGUUGUUUGCCUCUAGCUACGCUUUCUUGCCUGCUAUGUGGAUUUGAACGUGUCUACGUGCUUUAUAAAGCGUUAGCCUUAAACAGGAAAUGAGCUAUUGAAAAACUUGAUGGUCGCUACAAACAUGUGCAAGAGUCCUAUACAGCCGGCAGUUUAACAGCGGACGUCAAGAAACAUUAUCUCAGGCUUCAAUAACAUUUGCGGAAGUACAAUUAUUAAUUUUUGUAAAGGAAACUAAGUUAUGAUUGGGAGACGACGAUGACGAUGUUGAACGUACAGUUAAAGAGCUGAUGUAGCGUGAAUUAUUGUUCAGCACCGCUGAUUGCACAUCAUUUUGUACUUGUACAAGUGAAAUUCUUAGUUGUUUUGUAAGAGAGUUUUACCGCGACAAAGCGGUUUUCCACUCUUUGAGGUUUCUAAGUUUUGAAACUCAUCAUGUACGGGCUUCUGAUUGAGAACACAAUAGAGUUUAUUAAAGAUAGGUAUGGGGAGGACGCAUGGCUGAUCAUCAGGGAGAAGUCUCGUAUCCACGAGUAUGCUUACGUCUCGCAUAGAAUGUACAGCGAGCGCAUCAUAGCCAGGCUAAGUCAGGCUGUGAGCGAAUACUCGGGAUGCACAGCCCAGGAGUUCAUGGAGGCGACUGGGAUCGAGUUUGUGAAGUUCCUCGGUAAAUAUGGCUACGAUCGUAUGCUACGCGUGCUCGGUCGUAGCAUGCGAGACUUUUUGAACGGUCUAGAUAACCUUCACGAGUAUCUUCGCUUCAGUUAUCCAAAGAUGAAACCUCCAAGUUUCUUUUGCACGGAUGAGAGCGCGACCGGUUUGACGCUUCACUAUCGCUCGAGGAGGACGGGUUAUUUACGGUAUGUCAAAGGUCAACUCAGACAGGUUGGGAAGCAAUUUUAUAAUCUGGAUGUGAACGUGGACGUGGUGUCCGAGGAGACGAGGGGGGACACGACUUAUGUUGUAUUCAAACUGGAAUUUGACAAUAAGGAGUUUGAGUCAAGGAGCAAGAAUGUCUCAACUAUGGGAGACGAAGCGGUUGUGCAAGCAAAUAUCUUCUUUGAUCUCUUCCCCUUUCACUUAGUGUUCGACAAGAAUAUGACGGUAAAAAAUGUUGGGAGGAGCCUACAAGCAAUAAUACCGGAUAUCGUGGGCAAAAACAUCACCAAUUCCUUUGAACUGAAAAGACCAAUGCUGAACUUUACCUUCGAUAAUAUUCGUGCACAUGAGAAUAAUGUGUUUGAGAUUGUGUCCAAGUCUAUGAUUGUGAGAACUAUGUCAACAAAUACACCCCACAUGAUACCAGAAGAUGAGGAAAUCCAACCUGUAUCCGACUUAACAAAUAUCCCUGAAGAUGACGAAGAAUAUAAAGAUAAGCGUAAGGUUAUAAAACGUGGACUGUCCGUUGGAAAAGUAAGCUCACUCAACGACAAGACGAUUACCAAAACAGAUUCGAGACACUCGUUAUGCGGUGAUGAUGCCAACGAAAUCAUUGCUGAGGACUUCCAUCCACGGAGACUGCGCUUGAAGGGUCAGAUGAAACACGUACCUGAAUGGGACGCCUAUAUAUUCCUUGCUACUCCUUUCAUGCCGAACUUAGACGCAAUGUUUCAAACAGGGUUGUACAUAAACGACCUGAGUAUGCACGACUCGAGCAGAGACCUCGUCUUAGCUGGUACUCAGCAGUCAGCGGAACUCAAGCUAGCUUUGGAUCAGGAGUUGCAAAAGAGUGCCCAGUUAGAACAGAGCAUGCGCAAACUUGACCAGGAGAUGAAACGUACAGACUCUCUGCUAUACCAGAUGAUACCCAAAGCUGUCGCUGAUAAACUAAGGAGAGGGGAACCAGCGACAAGCACAUGUGAGGUUUUUAAAGAUGUGACAAUCUUGUUCAGUGAUGUUGUUGGAUUUACUGAGAUCUGUUCACGUAUCGAGCCAAUGCAGGUUGUGGCCAUGCUUAACGGCAUGUACACCAAGUUUGACCAACUUAGCGAAGCGCAUGAAGUUUACAAGGUUGAGACUAUAGGCGAUGCAUACAUGAUCAUGUCAGGCGCACCAGUGAUGACAAAGUACCAUGCAGUCCGGGUAGCCGAGAUGGCUAUGGCGAUGAAGAGAGAUAUAAGCUUACUGCGUGACCCAUCCACUGGAACACCACUACAAAUACGCAUCGGUAUGCACUCAGGAAUGGUGGUUGCUGGUGUGGUCGGCCUGAAGAUGCCAAGGUAUUGCCUGUUUGGGGACACGGUGAAUACUGCGUCUCGAAUGGAGUCUACGGGACAAGCCAUGAGGAUACAUCUCAGUGAGGGCACACGGCAAUACUUACGGGAAUGGCCUUUCUAUAUCCUACAAGAACGGGCAGUGAAGUGUGAAGUCAAGGGGAAAGGAAUGAUGAAGACCUACUUCCUAAUGGGGAAGGAGGCGGUAGAUGAAUCCGAGUUGCCUUUCACUAUUCGUGGGUCUGCAGAAAACGCCUCCAGAAGCUCACUUAACUCGUCCAUGGAGUCACUCCGAAGUUUUUCAGGCGUAUUAACUGCUUCAAUGCCUCACCCCGACGUAAGCACAAUGAGUAGGGGUGGGGUGAUAGAUGGUGGACUACCACGCAGAGGUUCGCUUACCUACACCCCGGUGGGACUAGAGACCGACCGCUCAGUCACCCCGGUUAACCAAGUACAUAGCCCCAACACCUUAGAGGCACCCAAAUCACACUCCUCCAGGCUGAAAACAAACACCGCCCUCAAUGUCAACAACUCACGAGGAAGUUCUGACGUCAUCCACGAUAUACCGUCGUUCAAGAUAAAAGAGGACACGAAGGGCCCGAUCGAGGGUAAAGUGAAUAAUAAUUUAUUCGAAGGGGUUAGAAAACAUGACGCUACGGGAGUUGAGAUGAAAUCAGCCAAUGAGAUGGGCGGAGAGGGUGUGGACGACCUCAAGUCUAAUGUGAAAAGGGGAAACAUGUCGACGGACACCCAUGUAAGUGGUUCUAGCAACUCGAAUGUACCGCACAGUACAACGUGUGUUAUAAUCUAGCGGGGUAACAAUCAAAGCAUUCAAUAUACACCAUGAAAGUCCCCGUACGGGAAUUGAACAUAUUUUGGUAAAGUUGUUUACCUACGUACUUUGCUUCGACGUGUGUGAAUGACACGGAAAUGGCAGAUGGUGUAUAGCGAAUCUUCUAAAGUGUAAAAUUAUACAUGAGUGUGUGUGUGUGUGUGAACAACAGUGCCACAUUGUUAAGACCAUCCUAUAACUCGCAGUGCACACACACGCGCGUCUCCUGACCGCCACUUUGUUUGUCAAGACUUGCACAAAAAUAAUGGACUGCGCAAGAAGGCAAAAAAAUGAUAAGCCUCGCUACCAUGGGCAGCGCGCCGUAUCGAUACCUCUCGUCAUGAUCGAGCAAGGCAGGCUUAGCAAAAAAAAUGGCGUGGCGAGAUCGAUCACUCCUAGGAACGAGGUUGGAAAAUGAUAGACGCGCAUUGUUCGGAGGUGCGUAAACACUGGGACCAUCCUUUUUUGCACGUUUUGACACGAAAAAUGGCGGACACGAGACGCGCAUGUCUGUGGGCUACGCGUUGUUAAUAGUGUAUUUUGAAAGUCUUUUAAAAAUACUUUAUCAGAAUAAGGCAAACCUUAUUCUCGUAUUCACGGUCUACCGUAAUUUUAACUCUUCUUUAUAUUAUACACACUUGCGGUAAUUAAUAUCAGUUUGUAUGCAAUGCAAGUUUACAAUAUUAAAUUAUUGUUUGAAUGUGUACGCAUAUUACUUUUUUUUCAUAAAAGUAUCCGUCUGUUUGAACGGCCAUUUCGAACUGUAAAGAUAUAUGGGCUCUUUACCACCAUUUUUGUUAAUGUGUUAAAAUGGAAAAAAAAUUAAGUAUGUUGUACUCAGAAAUCAGAGGCUGAGAAGACUUUUCUGAGGUAGAAAUCCUUUAAGUAAAAACAUCAACGCACAAAUUGAAUAAAUAUCAUCCUUUUUACUUCACCGCCCCCAGUGUUUAAGUUGUACAUGCUGACAUGCUUGUUAGUUACUAAACAAUAAUUAUGUGACCAAGGGUCGAUUUCACAAAAAUUAAGGAUUAGUCCUUACUUAGGCUAGUCCGAAGUUCGGGUUACUCGUCCUAACUCGAGAUAAGACCAGUCAUGUGGAAUCCACCCAUGGAUAUUCAAACUGUACCCUGAUUGCCAGAUUGAUGUAUACCCUGGAAACCCACGCAGUCAAGACAGGGACUGGAAACUCAAUCCACGUAGUGCCCCCGGUGAGAUUUGAACCAUGGUCCUGAAGGGGAGGAAAAAAACAACCUCAACAAGUUUUUAUUUAUUUAUAUUAAGCUACAAUAUUAAAACACAGACUUAUUGAAACAGUAUAGCGCUCAUCUAAAACCAUGGGGCUGUGUGCUUUAAAAUAAAAUUUAGACAAAUUGAUUGAUGGUUAACAAAAUGCCUGAUGAAGCAGGGUAAAUUUAAACGAUCAAAUGGUUAAGACUAGUCCGAUAAAGUAUUAUUAGAAAUUGUUACUACACAAAGUAAGUGGUAUCACUAAACAGAAGAAUUGGUGGCCAGUUUGAAUGAAAAUGCUUGGCGGCCAGCUUUGAACGAAAUAAUAAAGUAAAAACAAAAGCCAUCAUCCUCCUUUUUUUUUUUUGAAAAACCUGGACAAUCGUAUUUUUCUUUACAUCGCAACUGAACAUGGAGCCAGGUUUUAAACUGAACGAAUUGUUGUAGAAACUUUCCCUCCGAAAACCCACACAAGAAUGGUAGCAUUUCCCUGGUCACAUAGCAAAUUAAAUUUAUUUUUAAAAUUAAAUUGACCGUUUUACACUUGCUUUGUCACAAUGGUAGCAUUUCCCUGGUCACAUAGCAAAUUAAAUUUAUUUUUAAAAUUAAAUUGACCGUUUUACACUUGCUUUGUCACAAUGGUAGCAUUUCCCUGGUCACAUAGCAAAUUAAAUUUAUUUUUAAAAUUAAAUUGACCGUUUUACACUUGCUUUGUCACAAUGGUAGCAUUUCCCUGGUCACAUAGCAAAUUAAAUUUAUUUUUAAAAUUAAAUUGACCGUUUUACACUUGCUUUGUCACAAUGGUAGCAUUUCCCUGGUCACAUAGCAAAUUAAAUUUAUUUUUAAAAUUAAAUUGACCGUUUUACACUUGCUUUGUCACAAUGGUAGCAUUUCCCUGGUCACAUAGCAAAUUAAAUUUAUUUUUAAAAUUAAAUUGACCGUUUUACACUUGCUUUGUCACAAUGGUAGCAUUUCCCUGGUCACAUAGCAAAUUAAAUUUAUUUUUAAAAUUAAAUUGACCGUUUUACACUUGCUUUGUCACAAUGGUAGCAUUUCCCUGGUCACAUAGCAAAUUAAAUUUAUUUUUAAAAUUAAAUUGACCGUUUUACACUUGCUUUGUCACAA